AUGCAUAUACCAGUAAAAAUUGAUAAAAAAUUCCAAAGGUGGAAGAGGAAAUUUUCGAUUCCCUUGUACGGUCAGGACAAGACAUUUUUUGGCUUGGUAAUGGCCGAAAUAGCUAUGCAAACCAGUGCUCCAAUUAAUUUUGGACUUGAUCUCCUUGCAUAAUUCCUAAAUUUCUCAUCCUGCCUCUUCCAACAUGAGAAAAUGUCCAUUUUAAAAAUAUUUUUCAUGGGUUUUACAUCUUGAGUUCCUAUUUUAUUUUUAAGUGCUACAUAUUAUUUAUCUGAAUCUAGAAAAAUUAUACGAAAGCAGCUUGUAAUCCAAUAUGUAUAAUAAAAGAAAACCUGUAAAUUCAAAGCAUGCAUAAUAUGUAUUUGUAGUGCAACGGAUUUAACAACCUAAUAGAUAAAUUAUCAAGACCAAAUAGCUAUAAUAUAAAAUUAUUAGAAUUCUAAAAUCAUAUCUCCUCGCACUCAAGCCAGCUAAUCAGCUUUUAAGAAUAAUAUUUGAUACAUAGGCAGAUCUGAGCAAACACACCUGUGCUUUCAGAUGCAAAGAACAGGACGGCGGAAAAGACUUGGACAUGGAGCGCCUCCGCUAUAACUUAAGGACCGUCCUGCAAACGGACGAGAAAAAACAAUUGAAUGUUUUCUACGAGUGCACGCAUUGCCUGUUUCGCGAUCCAUCUCUCGCCUCGGUCUGCGCCCACGUGCUCGAGGAGCACAAUGAAAGACUACUCAAAAACGUGGAACAGGAGCAUCCAUGCACCGUUUGCGAGCGCAUAUUUAGCUCCAAGACAAAACUGCAGGUCCACAUGCGCAACCACACCGUUGAGAGACCCUUCAUCUGCUCCACCUGCGGCAAAUCUUUCAGAACAAAAGAAUUGCUGAAAAGUCACAUGAAGAUGCACGAGGAUCGCGUCAAUUGGUUCACCUGCGAGGUGUGCGGGAAGCAUUUUCCCCUGAUUAGUCGCCUGAAGGCUCACAGAAAUAUCCACUUUCCGGAGUCUCGCACGGAGAAGUGCGAUAUCUGCAGCUUUAGUACCUACCGCAAAUCGCAACUGAAAAAUCACAUGCGGACGCACACCAGGGAGAAGACGGUGACCUGCAAAGAAUGCGGACAAAGUUUCGUCCACGCUUCCGGUCUGCUCGCUCACAAGCAGAAGCACACAGCACCCUUUUCACACAAGUGCAACAUUUGCGGUAAGGCUUUCGGCCAAGCCUUCAAUCUGUGGAUGCACAUGGCAAUCCACACAGGCAAGAAGGAAUUCGAAUGUGACAUUUGCCACAAAUUUUUCACGCAGAGCUGCACCCUGAUCCAACACCAGUGGCUGGAGCACAAUAAGUUUCAAAUGAUCAAGGCAUACAAGCAGGUCAAGGAGGACCGAAAAAUUCAGACGCUCAUUUGUGACUUCUGCAAAAAAAUCUAUACGAUUCCCUCUUACCUAAGGAAGCACAUCGAAAAGCACCUGCAAGUGGAGGCGGAGAAGAGAAAAUGCAAGGAACAGGGCGCUCUAAAAGGCUUGGACAAGGAGAACCUCCGCUCCAAUUUGAAGACCGUCCUGCAAACAGACGAGAAAAAACGAUUGAAAGUUUUCUACGAGUGCGCGCAUUGCCUGGACCGCUUUCCAACUUUCGGCUCGGGCUGCGCCCACAUGCACAAGGAGCACAAUGAAAGACCAUUCAAAAACGUGGAAGAGAUAGAGAAAAAUUCAUGCAAUAUUUGCGACCGCGAAUUUAGCUGCGAGUCAAAACUGGAGGUCCACAUGCGCGACCACACUGGGGAGAAACCCUUUCUCUGCUCCACCUGCGGCAAAUCUUUCAAAAGAAAAGACACGCUGAAAACUCACAUGCAGACGCACGAGGAUCGCGUCAAUUGGUUCAAAUGCGAGUUGUGUGAGAAGCUUUUUCCCACGAUACAUCGCCUGAAGGCUCACAGAAACAUCCACUUUCCGGAAUCUCUCACGGAGAAGUGCGAUCUCUGCGGCUGGAGUACCGACUGCCAAUCGAAACUGAAAUAUCACAUGCGAUCGCACAGCAAGGAGAAGACGUUGAGCUGCGACGUAUGCGGGGAAAGCUUUCGCCACAAUUCCGGUCUCUUUAAUCACAAGCAGAAACACAAACCCCCUUCACAAAAGUGCGACAUUUGCGGAAUGGCUUUCAUCUUUUCGUUUAACCUGCGGAGGCACAUGGCAACCCACACAGGCAAGAAGGAAUUCGAAUGUGACAUUUGCCACAAAUGUUUCGCGGAUAAAACCACCCUGAUCAACCACCAGUGGCGGAAGCACAAUAAUCUGCCGUACAAGUGUGACGAGUGCGACGAGCAGUUUCAUCUGAGUGUCGAGCUGGAGCAGCACAGUAUGCAUCUUACAAUUAAGAAACAGGUCGACGAUAUCUCUGACAAGGAUCCUUUCUCCUGCCAAGACUGCGACAGGAGUUUCCUCCACGUAAGGAGCCUAAAGUUUCACAUGCUCAAGGUGCACAACAAAGGAGGCCGAAAACCUAGCAAGCUCAUUUGUGACUUCUGCAACAAAAUCUAUUCGGCUCCCUUUCACCUUAGGAAGCACAUCAAAAAGCACCUGCAAGUGGAGGAGAAGAAUCAUUUGAUUAAAUCGGUAUUCCUUGCCCCGACUCUUGCGCGGUGUAAACAAAAAUAAAUUAAUAAAUCAUUUUCCUAAUUUACGUUUACUGUGAUACUAUAAUGUAUUAUGACUAAAUGUGAGAUUAAACAAACCUUUAUAUAUUAUUUUUUAUUUAGAAAAGUUAUACGAAAGCAGCUAGUAACCCAAUAUGUGUAGAAAAAGAAAACCUUUAAAUUUGAAGCAUACAUAAUAUUGUAGCGGUUCCCGCAUAUCUGGCGUUAACUAAGUUUGUAUCGAUCUCAACCUAUAGAUGUCGCUAUUACUAUGAUAAGUUUUUCUCGUUCAACCUGUAUGAUUCUCAUUACUGACCGCUCACCCUCACUCGCAACCGGUCAUGUUACUCUCAUGCUCCCUGGCCAGGAGCCACUCAAGCGAGAAGCUAAUACUGAUAUGUAAUUGUUAGACCCGAAGACUAUACCGGGGUAAGACUGUUAUUUUACUGUGAUAAUUGUUAUUAAUGUUGACUUGCUAUUUGCAUGAUUGUAAUUGUUGUCUAAAUGUCUAAUUUCCUAUCUACAAUAAACCAACUACUCGAAGGAAUUCGCAUAUUUUGAUUCCGCUGGAUGACGCACCCCACAACAUAAAAAUAUU